AUAGAGAGCACUCAACUCACUCACAAGAGUAGUAGUACUGUUACUAUGGAGGAUGAGGCAUCAUCAUCAGCGAGGAAGCCCAAGAGGCCGCGCGUGGCCCCGGCGGCGGCGGCGGCGGCCGCGGCCUGGGAGCCUCAUUUCACGUACCUCCCUAUCGCCGACGCCCUCAAGCAGCGUCCCCGCGCCCGGGUCUGCCUCUUCGCCGUCGUCGCUGAGAUCGGCGCCGCCUUCCACAGCUCCGGCACGGAUUUCACUGUUACGCUGAGGAUUGUGGAUGAAUCGCGCAAGGCUGGAAUAUCUGCAACAUUCUUUGCUCAAGAACCUGACCUAUUGCCCUGUGUUAAGUCAAAUGGAGAUGUGAUCAGUCUCCGUGACGUCAUGGUAAAGUGUUAUCUUGAGGAGUUCUUUAUUGCAGUUGACAAAAGGCUUUCUUCGUUCGCGCUGUUUGAAAGCAAAGUAUCUGCUGAGUGCAGCCCAUAUCAGACUUCUAAGAAUUAUCAUGGCAGCAAACAUGACAAAGAACGUUUAACCCAGUUGAGAACCUGGCUUCCUCUAGGUCUGAAAGAUUUCGGUCUGAAAGAUCUCGAAUUGCAGUUGAGGAGUUUAAAGUCUGAUUCUACUUUUGAUCUUGUAUGCAAGGUUUUGCAUGUCCUUAAACAUAAAGACAAAUGGAUAUUUUAUGUUUGGGAUGGAACUGAUACCCCUGCAGCUGAGUUUCAGGCAAUUUCGGAUGCUGAGGCAGUUGCAUCACCCGCUCUACCCAGGGAGCUUUUAUGCACAAUGCCAUGUAUUGGUACUGUUCUGAGGAUUUUUUCAGACAGGCCUGUCAAUAAAGCAUCACACAUGCAACAGGGUACUUAUUGGGCCAGGUUCUGCAACAUUACUUGCAAGCGAGAGUUUGGCAUUUGGAAAGGCGUUUUCUUGAAGCGUAGUAGAGUUCGCCUUUUAUCUCAUGAAGAUGGUAGCGUUGUUGAUCGCCUGAAGAUGUAUGACAGCCGCAACGCCAACAAAGUUCUCCACCAGCCGAUGGGAAGCUUCCCCUCUAAUGUUGCUGUUUUGUCAGAUGAAUAUGAGGAAGAAGGUUACUCAACGUUGAUGGAGUCUUUAACUCAUCCUGAGGUGACUCACAAAGUGAAAACCUUGGUCCGUGUUGUGGCAUUUUAUCCUUGUGAAGCUUAUGAGCUCCAUUUGCUUUUACGUUCGAAUUAUGACUAUUCUAUUCGGUUGACUCUUGAGGAUCCUACAGCGAGAAUUGAUGCGUACGUCCACAAGCAGAAUUUGGUCCAAUUCUUCGGUGAUUCUCUGACAGAAGUGGUGGUCAUGAAAAAGCUGAACAAGCUACUCGGCAUCCCAGAGUCAGAGGACGGUGAUGAAGUUGUCCCAAUGUCCUGGAAUUCACCUUGGAUAUGGUGUGUCAUGUCAUCAUACUAUUGCGAAAAAACCGAUCCCUGGGGCAGUAGAAGGUACCGAAUCGUUGACACAACGAUCAGGGAUUGAGUGUAGUAUUUUGUAUGUGUUGCUAGCCUACUUAUAUAGUAAGUAUUUUGGAGAGGAGGGGGGAGGUGUUGGCAUUAUAGCCUUACGAACAUCUUGUAAGGAUGCAGGGCGACAUGCUAUAGUUGUAGCCUACUACUGCAGUGUUAUUGCCUCAUGUAAUGUUGCAGUGCCGUCGUUCCGUGGCCAUAUGCUUUUGUACAGUCAGUGAAUUAUUCUAUCCAGAACACUGGUGGCACCGUGGCAUUCUGUAUGUGCCAACUGUGAACAUGCACUCUAGAUUAUCUUAAUCUCAAGAACCUCUUAUUUUA